UUUUAAGAUAAUAUUUUACAUUUAUAGCAAUUAGAAAAAUGAAUUUUUUGUUAAAAAGAAUUUCAUUUGUAAAAGAAUCACAGUUAAAAACAUUGAAAAUCUUUUUCUCAUCAAAUCCGAUAGACUUUCCUGAUAUGGGUCCACCAAUUCCGGAAUACAAAAAAAGAUAUGGAGAGGCUGAUGAUGUAUUACGAUCAAGACUUUUAUACCAAAGUCGUAAAAGGGGGAUGUCAGAAAACGGAAUAUUACUUAGUACGUUUGCAUCUUUUUAUUUAAAUAGAUUUACAAGAAGACAACUUGAAGAGUUUGAUAAAAUUAUAAACAAACCCUCUAACGACUGGGAUAUAUUUUACUGGAUACUAGGAAAAAAGGAAACACCACAUGAGUAUAAUUCUGAAGUUAUGGACUUGCUGAAAUCAUUCUCCAGAAAUCAAGACAUGGAAGCCAGAUAUAGACAACCCGAUCUUAUCUUUGAAACACGAAAUAAUGAAAAAUAAGCUAUGCAGUGACAAGAAAAAUUUUAUGCUGUAUAAUAAAUUAAUACAUAAAUGAUAAUGCUCUGUAUUGAAUUAAUAUACAAAUGAUAAAAAAGUGAAAAUUUAGUUUA